AUGUCCUUUCUUGCUGCUGAAUUUGCUAUGAAGGAUUUGGGCCCUCUGAGCUAUUUCUUUGGCAUUGCAGUUCCACGACAUGCAGGUGGGUUAUUUCUUUAUCAACAUAAAUAUGUUGAGGAGAUUAUUGAACGAGCCGACAUGACCUCUUGUAAACCUGCAACUACGCUGGUGGAUACUAAGGCUAAAAUGAGUGUCUCUUCAGGAUCUCCCCACGAAGAUCCUACAUAUUAUCGCAGUUUAGCAGGAGCAUUGCAAUAUCAUACAUUAAUGAGACAAGAUAUAUCCUAUACUGUACAACAGGGCAUUCUUGACUAUAGCUUACAUCUUUACAAGUCUUCAAUUUCUGGUCUCAUCUCUUACAUUGAAGCUGAUUGGGGUGGAUGCCCCGAUACUAGACGCUCCACCUCUGGAUACUGUGUUUUUCUUAGAGACAACUUGAUCUCUUGGUCCUCUAAACGUCAACUUACUUUAUCUCGAUCUAGUGCUGAAGCCGAGUAUAGAGGGAUAGCUAAUGUUGUCUCCAAAUGUUGGAUCUGA